AUUAUGUUAGAUGAUUAAAGUCUAUGGAUUACAUACAAUGCAAUCAGAAGACGCUUGUUAAUCACAAUAUAUUUUAUAUUAUAUUUGGUUUUUGAUAAUGGGCAUUUAUUUUGUGUUUAGGGUAAGGCAAUAUCGAAUAUUUUAAGUCCAUGGGUGUUUAUUUGGCUUAUGUUGCAUAUAAAUUCUUAAGGGCUAAACAUAAUAUUGAAGAAACCAAAAAGAAGAGGAAAUUAAGGUAUUUGGAAAUGUACAAAGAAAAGGAAUAAAAGAAAGGUGAAAUUUAGAAUUAAAAAUAUGGUGAUCGCAAAUUAUGA